AUGUCCGCGAUAUUAUUUCCGUUAUCUAAAAAAUCUGACAGAGAACGCUUGGGCAAGGUUAUCUCUCGGCGGCGGCAGUACUUGAAGUACAGAGAGCUUCAUCACCACAAGCUGGCCUAUGGCCUUGAGGGGGGAAGCGAGGACGACGAAGCUGCACAAAGUACCGUCGCGUCAUCAAUCCCGCAUCGUCUCAAAAAUCAGAACAAAAUGAAACCAAGAUUGCGACGGAGAGUACUAGAUGAGGAUGAUGCCGUCUCAGUACGGACAGAUACAACAUACAGUAGCUCGUUGUUUACGGGGGAUAGGCCGAGAAUUCCCGCCAUUCCUAAAGCUGCCGCUGAUGGGCCGUUUGAAUGCCCAUUGUGCUACAUGAUGAUAACGGCCACAAACGCCCGAACAUGGACUAAGCAUGUGCUGGCCGAUCUCAGACCAUACAUGUGCUUGUCUCCUGAUUGCGCAAUGUCCACAAUCGACUUUCAGACACGCAACGAAUGGAUGCGGCAUAUUUUAAACAAGCAUUGGAAGACAUGGACUUGUCCCCGCUGCAGGGAUCACUUUGACUCUACAAUCGAGUUCAAAACGCAUGUUGUUGGCCUACACAUGAUGUUCCUAAGUGAAUCAGAUAUGGACAAGGUCAUUGAUGAAUGCGGGAAGCCCAAAGCUAUCGGGGUCAAGUGCACAUGCCAGCUUUGCCAGGAGAAGCUCAGCUCAGCUAAGGACUAUUUCCGACAUCUAGCACGUCAUCAGCGUGAUUUGGUGCUUUUUGCACUGCCUAAAUUUGGCGAAGAUGAUGAGGUUGGCGGUGGGGGCGAUGGGGAUUCGCCAGAUGAUGGGUCGACUCCUUCAGAUGAUAGCGAAGAUGGCAUAAACCUUCAAAGACCGCAAAAGAAGAGUGAUGAUCGGAGCGAGGGAAACUCCGAUCCAUCGAAUGGUGAUGAAGCGUCACCAAUACAAAGACGACAAGAAGAGAAUCAGGGCCAAGGAGAGGCUAGGGGUCGGCUAGGAGAGAAGUUCACACCAAAAUUCAACGAGCCCACAACAACGAUUAGCCAGAAUGAGGCCAAGAAGACACUGCCACUGAAAGGAAUUCUUAAGAAACUGAGAGCACAAUUCCCUGAACUGUUUCCUGAGUGGGAUCGCGAGGAGAUUAAUGAUCCUCGCCAAAACAAAUGGACAAAAAUCAGUCGCUCACUAGUCGAUCCUGAAGCACUCGAUCUAGGCCUGGAGGAGUUUCAUACGAUGGAAAGCUUCGUCGCCGUGCACAGAUUUCUCCCACAGGAGGAAAUUAAGUCCUAUGUGGAUCUCACCAAAGCUGUCUGGGGUAAUCUCGAGCCACCCACCCACAAUGAGCAGGCAUCGCUUUUCUAA